AUGGUUCAGUAUAGCAUUCGGAGCACAGACAACACCACCCAGGGCCGCCUGGCUCUGGUGACGGGAGCAAGCGGUGGCAUCGGCUCGUCCGUUGCACACGCUCUCGCUUCCGAGGGAUGCGACGUCGCGUUGCACUAUUCUUCCAGCCAGAGUAAAGCCGAGGCUCUAGCUCAGGAGCUGCGGUCCAAGUACCCCUCGCAGCUCUUCCUCCCCUUCCAGGCCGACCUCUCGUCCAGGGAGUCGACGCGCAACUUGGUCCCGGGCAUCCUCGCGCACGACGACAUCUCGCGCAGGCACGCGGCCGUCUCGGUCCUCGUCGCCAACGCCGGGCUCGGGCGCCGCAUCCGCGACCCGGCCGACAUUGGCGAGGACGACUGGGACGAGAUGAUGGAGGUCAACGCGCGCAGCCAGUUCGUCGUCACCAAGGCCUGCCUCCCCGGCAUGCGGGCUCAGCAGUGGGGGAGGGUCGUCCUCAUCGGGAGCAUCGCGAGCCGCGGCGGCGGCAUCAACGGCUGCCACUACGCCGCCACCAAGGGCGCGCUCUGCUCAAUGGGCCUCAACCUGGCCACCUUUUUGGCGCCCGAGGGCGUCACUGUCAACAUUGUUCUACCUGCGAUGAUCGGUGCAACUGGCAUGAUUGCAACGCCAAAGUCAACUACGUGGGAUAGCAAAGACGACCUCGAGGCUCUUCGGGCCACGGACCCCGGGCUGGCCAUCGCCGCCAGCGUCCCCGUCCACCGACUCGGGGCCCCCCAGGAAGUGGCCAACGUCGUGACCAUGUUCGUCAAGACGGGAUACCUCACCGGCCAGGAGCUUGUUCUCGCCGGCGGCUUGAAAUGA